AUGGUUAGUUUAAAGGAGAAGUUGGCUGAUUAUUCCUUCGAGGAAGAUCAAAUUAAAGGCUAUGAUGAAACAUUGCAUGCCGCCAGAGAUAAGUUUGGCUAUGCGUAUGAGAAAAAAUUACUUAGAAGAAUUGAUCUUAGAUUAAUGCCUUUGUUGAUAUUACUCUAUUUAUGCAAAAAUUUGGAUGUUAAUAAUGCUGGUUUUGUCAAGACUAUGAAUGUAGGUGCUAGCACAAACAUUUUAAGUGAACUUAACAUGUCAGUCAACGAUUGGGCAUGGGUAAGUACUAUCUAUACCAUUCCAUUUAUUCUAUUCGAGAUCCCUUCGACGUUGAUUCUCAAAAAGUCAACACCACGUAUCCAUCAAUUUAGAAUCGCAUUUUUAUGGGGAUCCUCAUUGGCAUGUCAUGCUGCUGUUAAAAAUAAAGCAGGAUUAUUGUCCUUAAGGUUUCUUCUAGGAAUGUUUGAAGCAGGUAUGUUUCCAGGUGCGUUGUGCCAACUCACAUAUUGGUAUAGACCGGACGAAAUUACUGUUAGAAUGGCAUUUUUAGGCGUAUUGGGUCAGUUUUCUAGCAUUUUAACUGCAUUUAUAACUUAUGGAUUUCAAUUUGCUGACACAAAAGCUGGACUUAGUGGUUGGCAAUGGGUUUUUCUAAUAGAAGGCCUAGUCACUAUUUUAUGCUCUUUUCUUUUACUAAUAUUCUUGCCUAAUUUUCCUAGUGAUGCCAAAUUCUUAACACAAGAAGAAAGAGAAUUUAUAAUGGCCAGACUACCGAUAAAUUCGCCCAGGGCAAGUGACAUGGAUUUUAGUAGAAAAGAUAUUGAGCGAGCACUAAAAAGGCCCUUGACAUACAGCUUCACGUGUCUUAAGAUGUUCCAAAAUUUGGGUGGAUAUGGUUUAUCAUUUUGGUUGCCAACAAUAGUUCAAAGUUUUGGAUUCACAACAACAAAUCAGGCUCAAUUAAUAUCAAUACCACCGGCAGCCUUAGCUAUUAUUUCUGGAAUCUUUUUUUCUUGGAUUUCGGAUAGAGGUUAUAUACCAAAGCCUUAUAUUGUUCUUCUUUCUUUAUCACUUGCUAUUCCGUCGUUUAUUUGUCUAACUGUGAUUACCAAUAAAGCUGCUCUCUAUGCCUUCAUCUGUGUUGCCACGAUGGUAUCAUCAGCUGAUGGCUCCGUCUUAACUUCUUGGUUGCAACAAUCUUUAAUUGGCUCAACAGAGGUUAUGUUUUCUUUUGCUUUCUCGAAUGCAUGGGCACAAAUUGGUGGAAUAAUUGGGCCUCAACUUUUCAGAAGUGAAUAUGCGCCUAGAUAUACUCUACCAUAUGGAAUUUCAUUGAUGUUUCUUGGUUUAGCACUUGUCUCUUUAGUAGUAACCUGGUAUUUGACGAUCGACGUUGAAAAGCAAACGAGAAGAAUUAAGAAAUUGCGGCUUUUAGAAACUUCAAAAGGCGAUGAUGGGGAGAUCAUUUAUGAAGAUGUUACAGUCACCUCUAGAUGA